CUAGAAACACCUCGCCCUCUAACAGCCUUUGUAAUAGCUGUGUGGUUUACUAAAUGUCCGAGUAGCAACUGGAUUAAGCAUACAAUGGGGAGCUUCACCGUUAUAACAGCGUUGUUUUUCUGUAUUCACUGCUGGAUCUCUGUCUCAGGUUCUGGGUUUCAGACUGUGGAGGUCCAGCCCGGUGAAGAAGUGACACUGCAGUGCUCCAACACCUCCAACCAUCAAACACAGGCAGACUGGUUUAAAGUGGUCAACCAAACUAAGCCCACUUGUGUCUCUUCUAUGUUUGGAUCUCAGGGCUCAGCAUCGUUCUGCGAUGGAUUUCGAAAUGGAAAAUUUAUUAUGAGUUCCAACAUCACCUUUGUCUUUCUUCAAAUCAAGCAAGUGAAUUUAUCUGAUGUUGGACUGUAUUUCUGUGGAUUUUACACAAAUAAACACACAGUUAUUUCGGAUGCAGUAGAGUUAAGAAUUCAAGGAAAUGGUGAAUCCAAUGACGAAGUGAAACUCAGUAGCCAAGAAGAGUGUAAUGGAAAUACAAAAGCUGUCACUGUGAUGUUUAUCAGCAUGGCUCUUUUCUUCAUGAUGACUUCUGCUGCUUUGGCUAUUAAAGUCAGGCAGCUUCAUGCAGCCUCAAAGAAAGAGCUGCAUCUUGAAAGAAACAAGAUGGAGCACAUUUUUUGUUACUCAAAAGCUGUGUUACAGGAUGAGGGCUCUCUUCACCUGAACUCUGCAGCAUUGUGGUUUCUUGCCAAAAUAAGAAGCAGAAGGCCUGCAAUAGAGAGAAAAGUGGAAACUCAUGUUGUUUAUUAUGUUGGCAGAUAA